GGAAAAUGGCUAUAUUGGUUGAUCCUCCAAAUGGCAUGGGAAACAGUGGGAAGCACUACUAUUCCAUGUGGCAAACCUUGUUUGAGAUUGAUACAAAGUAUGUGCCUAUCAAGCCCAUCGGAAGAGGAGCUUAUGGUGUUGUAUGCUCAUCCAUAAAUCGAGAAACAAAUGAAAAAGUUGCAAUAAAGAAGAUCAACAAUGCCUUUGAUAAUCGUGUGGAUGCACUUAGAACAUUGCGUGAACUGAAGCUCCUUCGGCAUCUACGCCAUGAAAAUGUUAUAGCUUUGAAGGACAUCAUGAUGCCAGCCAAUAGGAAAAGCUUCAAGGAUGUAUACCUAGUUUAUGAACUCAUGGAUACUGAUCUGCAUCAGAUUAUCAAGUCAUCACAAGCACUUUCUAAUGACCAUUGCCAAUAUUUUCUCUUUCAGUUGCUUCGAGGACUGAAGUAUCUUCACUCAGCAAACAUACUCCACAGAGACUUGAAGCCUGGGAACCUACUGGUGAAUGCAAAUUGCGACCUCAAGAUUUGUGAUUUUGGUUUGGCCCGCACUAGUAAUGGGAAGAACCAAUUCAUGACCGAAUAUGUUGUUACCCGCUGGUAUCGGGCCCCUGAGCUGCUCCUUUGCUGUGAUAACUAUGACACCUCCAUAGAUGUAUGGUCUGUGGGUUGCAUCUUUGCUGAGCUUCUUGGACGUAAGCCCAUCUUCCCCGGCACCGAGUGCCUCAACCAGCUCAAGCUCAUUGUUAAUGUUCUUGGCACCAUGAAGGAUGCUGAUCUUGGCUUCAUUGAUAACCCAAAGGCAUGCAGAUACAUCAAGUCCCUGCCAUACACCCCUCGUAUUCCUCUUGCUAAUCUUUACCCCCAUGCCGAUCCAUUGGCCAUUGACUUGCUGCAGAAGAUGCUUGUUUUUGAUCCAUCUAAAAGGAUCAGUGUCACUGAGGCACUGGAACACCCAUACAUGUCUCCUCUUUAUGAUCCGAGUACCAAUCCACCAGCUCAAGUCCCCAUCGAUCUCGACAUUGAUGAAGAUCUUGGAGAAGACAUGAUCAGGGAGAUGAUGUGGAACGAGAUGCUUCAUUACCACCCAGAAGCUGCUUCAGCAAACUCGUAAGAACCUUUGCUUGUUUCCAGACGUAAAGUAGAAGCUUGGUUGGACUGGAUGUCAAUUUUGUUUUUGUUGUUUUACUAUUAUAAGAUAUGCUCGGCAGUCUCUCGUCUGUUAAUAUGCUUGUAAUGUAUGCAUGCGUCGUGUGGUGUGCAAAACUUCCCUUGUAUAAUUUUGAUGUUUGUAUGUCUAAUAUUAUGAUGCAACAGUAAUCACUUUUCAGUUAUGGUUAUGUUUUUCAUUUUUGAGGUUUUUUUUAA